AUGGUGACUCCCCCGUGGUCAGUCUCACCUGCCUCCCCGCCUGCACCCAUGCAGCACAGCCAUGCACCAGCUCUCACCCAUGCAGCACAGCCAUGCACCAGCUCUCACCCAUGCAGCACAGCCAUGCACCAGCUCUCACCCAUGCAGCACAGCCAUGCACCAGCUCUCACCCAUGCAGCACAGCCAUGCACCAGCUCUCACCCAUGCAGCACAGCCAUGCACCAGCUCUCACCCAUGCAGCACAGCCAUGCACCAGCUCUCACCCAUGCAGCACAGCCAUGCACCAGCUCUCACCCAUGCAGCACAGCCAUGCACCAGCUCUCACCCAUGCAGCACAGCCAUGCACCAGCUCUCACCCAUGCAGCACAGCCAUGCACCAGCUCUCACCCAUGCAGCACAGCCAUGCACCAGCUCUCACCCAUGCAGCACAGCCAUGCACCAGCUCUCACCCAUGCAGCACAGCCAUGCACCAGCUCUCACCCAUGCAGCACAGCCAUGCACCAGCUCUCACCCAUGCAGCACAGCCAUGCACCAGCUCUCACCCAUGCAGCACAGCCAUGCACCAGCUCUCACCCAUGCAGCACAGCCAUGCACCAGCUCUCACCCAUGCAGCACAGCCAUGCACCAGCUCUCACCCAUGCAGCACAGCCAUGCACCAGCUCUCACCCAUGCAGCACAGCCAUGCACCAGCUCUCACCCAUGCAGCACAGCCAUGCACCAGCUCUCACCCAUGCAGCACAGCCAUGCACCAGCUCUCACCCAUGCAGCACAGCCAUGCACCAGCUCUCACCCAUGCAGCACAGCCAUGCACCAGCUCUCACCCAUGCAGCACAGCCAUGCACCAGCUCUCACCCAUGCAGCACAGCCAUGCACCAGCUCUCACCCAUGCAGCACAGCCAUGCACCAGCUCUCACCCAUGCAGCACAGCCAUGCACCAGCUCUCACCCAUGCAGCACAGCCAUGCACCAGCUCUCACCCAUGCAGCACAGCCAUGCACCAGCUCUCACCCAUGCAGCACAGCCAUGCACCAGCUCUCACCCAUGCAGCACAGCCAUGCACCAGCUCUCACCCAUGCAGCACAGCCAUGCACCAGCUCUCACCCAUGCAGCACAGCCAUGCACCAGCUCUCACCCAUGCAGCACAGCCAUGCACCAGCUCUCACCCAUGCAGCACAGCCAUGCACCAGCUCUCACCCAUGCAGCACAGCCAUGCACCAGCUCUCACCCAUGCAGCACAGCCAUGCACCAGCUCUCACCCAUGCAGCACAGCCAUGCAGCCCGCUCAACACUCUCUGAACCCACCGUCCAUCACGCGCAUGGACCGCACUCACCCUGCUGCCCGCUUCUCUCCCUCCCCGCCGUUCUCCCAUGCAUGUGCCUGCAGCUGCAGGCGCUGUUGCGCAUGGGCAUGCCAGCGGGGGUGUGCAGCACGCGCAACGCCACCACGCCACUGCACGUGGCGGCGUAUGGCGGCCACGUGGACUGCAUGUGCCUGCUGGCGGCUGUGCGUGCCUGGCGGCUUGACCAAGCAGCAGUGGGAGGCAGUGAGAUGACUUGCACACCAGGGAAUAGAGCCAGCAGAGGUAGAAGCAGCGGGGGCCAACCCCAAGGCGGUUCAGAUAGUGUGGGAGGAGCAUGCGCGGCGGGCAGGCCAAGGAGGGGAGAGGGGGCAUGGGUUUUGGAAGGAUGGUGUGCUCAUCUUGUCUCCCCUUUCCCCUCUCAUCUCCACUCUACCCCAUCCCUCUUCCUGCCCUCCUGUCCCCAUCCUUCUCCCUCAGGAGAGCCGUACACCAACUGCAACGCUCUGAACCCAUUUGUGCAGUGGAAUCUGCAGCCGCUGCUACCAGCCACUCCCCCCUCCUUCACCCUCACCUCACCACCCCCACCCGCCUUCACGCCGCCAUACGCCCUCUCGUCCAUCUGCUUGUGGACGUCCCUCUCCGCCAUCGCACCUGGUCGCACACAAGCAACAGCCCUCCUGCCACUGCCGCCACACACAAAGCCUGCUGAUGCAGAUGCUGGCAGUGGAGGCGAGAAGGCAGUGGGGGGCGCAGUUGGUUCGAGUCAGGGCGUGCAGGGGGAGUGGGCAGUGGCGGGGUAUGAGGCGAUGCGUGUGGUGCAGGUGGGGGGUGGGUGGCGCCAGGGCAGCUAUGGCCUGCCCUCCUCCCUCGCUGCCUCUGCUGCACCUGCUGUGUCUGGAAGGCAAGGUGACUUGUCUGGAAACCUUUGUUGCACUUCUUUGUAG